AUAGUGGUCUUCGCGCUGCCGUUCUUGUGUCCUCUUGACGAAACCCUAGCUUGUGCUUCCCCUUCCUUCCCCCCGCCGCCGGUCUUCCCUAAUGGCCUCCGCCGCUGUGCGCCCCCUAGUCACGGUGCAGUCCCUUGAGGGCGACAUGGCCACCGACGCAGCCGUCACCGUCCCCCUGCCUGACGUCUUCAAGGCCCCGAUCCGCCCCGACGUCAUCCGUUUCGUCCACUCCAACUUGUCAAAAAACAAGCGCCAGCCCUACGCAGUAUCCAAGCGUGCCGGUCAUCAGACCUCCGCUGAAUCAUGGGGAACAGGGCGUGCCGUUUCACGUAUCCCUCGAGUUCCAGGUGGCGGUACCCACCGUGCUGGCCAGGGUGCUUUCGGCAACAUGUGCCGUGGCGGUCGCAUGUUCGCCCCCACCAAGAUCUGGCGCCGCUGGCACCGACGCGUUAACAUCAACAUGCGCCGCUACGCUGUUGUUUCGGCCCUUGCUGCGUCUGCCGUCCCAUCCCUUGUAUUGGCCCGUGGACAUCGUAUCGAGACCGUUCCUGAGCUCCCACUUGUUGUCUCUGACUCGGCUGAAGGCGUUGAGAAAACAUCCGCCGCCAUCAAGAUCCUCAAGCAGAUUGGUGCCUUUCCAGAUACUGAGAAAGCUAAGGACAGCCAGAAAAUCCGACCUGGCAAGGGUAAGAUGCGAAACCGCCGCUAUGUUACUCGCAAGGGUCCCUUAAUCGUAUACGGAACAGAGGGAUCAAAGAUUGUUAAAGCUUUCCGUAACAUUCCUGGUAUUGAUAUUGCUAAUGUUGAGCGCCUCAACCUUCUGAAACUGGCACCGGGAGGCCACAUUGGAAGGUUUAUCAUCUGGACCAAAUCUGCAUUCGCGAAGCUUGAUUCUGUAUUUGGAAGCCUCGACAAGCCAUCAGAAAAGAAGAAGGGAUAUAUUCUGCCCAGGCCAAAGAUGUUCAACGCUGAUCUUGGAAGAAUCAUCAACUCUGAUGAGGUACAGUCUGUUGUGCGUCCAAUCAAGAAGGAAGUGAAGAGGCGCCACUUGAAGAAGAACCCCCUGAAGAAUCUCUACACGCUCUUGAAGUUGAACCCUUAUGCCAAGACUGCCAGGAGGAUGUCCUUGCUUGCUGAAGAGAAGCGCGUCAAAGCCAAAAAGGAGAAGCUUGACAAGAAGAGGAGCAAGCUAUCAAAGGAAGAGGCUGCUGCAAUCAAGGCUGCCGGACGUGCGUUCUACAAAACUAUGAUCUCAGACAGCGAUUAUGCCCAGUUCGACAACUUCUCCAAGUGGCUGGGUGUUAGUCAGUGAGCCCAGAAUCGUCUUGGAUGAAUCUUAGGGCGAUAAGAAGGCAUACUUGCUUCAGUUUUUGUUGGUGAAUUCGUAACUUUGGUUGUGUCAUUAAGAACAUUCCAUGGACGUGGUUAGAUGCAUGAUUUGCACCAUAGCGCACGCACUGUGUUUGUUUGCGUCAGACCUAGUUUGAUGAGCAUGUUAUCUUAAUUUUUGAAUGCAUGGAUUUUAUAUGGUCA